GCGUCUCAGAGAGAUACAGACCUACAGAAUGUUGACCAGUCCAAAUUGCUGGGCAAUAUUGUAUCCAGUGUGACCGAUAUUCUGACAGGUGCCAAGCGACUGGUCGAUCGGAACGUGUCAGCAAGAGAUCUAGGCCUGACAGACAUCGACUGGUCUAAAGUAUCGGACAACAUUCUCUCCCAUGCUUCUAGUGCGCUGGCAACAGCAGGACGUCUGGUGUAUGUAAUUUGCUGCUUCAUUAUUACGCCUUUGUUAAUGGGUUUGAUGCACACUUUCUAGUGAUCAGGUAUUCAUACACCACAACUGGCGCUCUGCCAUGGCAAUUAUGUCUCAGCAAUACCAGGAGAAACUACAUCCCUUUAUUGGAGUGAUAUUCAACAUACCACGCAACUGCUGGGCCAAAAUGCGGGGCUGUAAUCUCUCUAACGUUUUGUUCGUUUUGACAGAGGUCAAUAACUUGUCAAUCAGGCAUCCAUACGAAUCAGCUGGAGUCUUGCUGGUCAUCUCUGUGUUUGGAGAUCCUGCGAUAUUUCUGACAUUAUUGCAGCUCACGGGAACAACUGCAAUGUUCUUGUGUUUUCUCCCGGCACGGUUGAUUAUCUUGUGUUUGGGCUUUGGGAGUCGAGGAGUAGAAAAAGGUUCAUUUGCAUCUCAAUAUCAGUCCCGUCAUUACGGUGGUAAUGUGCCGCGAGGCUCUGGAUUCUCGAAACUUCAAUCAUAUGGGUCCACUAUGCCAACAGUCACCUCGACGCUUAUCUCAUUGUUGGCAUAUACUGGAGCUGUGAUUAUCUUGGGUCGGGAGUGGAAGAUCCAAUUAGUGGACUGGUGUCAUUUUGUAUCGAAUGGAAGGUGUUGAAGUGGGAUUAUCUUGUGGUGGUAUGUAGUAUGUCACAAACUGAAUGGCAGGGUUCCGGUUAGUUUGUGGGGGCUUGGUAGAUGCCAUAGCGCACGUUGCAUGUAACUGAUGCAUAAGUUACAGAACAAG